AUGGUAUUAGAAGCUACAGUACUGGUGGUAGAUAACUCAGAAUACUCCAGAAAUGGAGAUUACCCAAGGACGAGAUUUGAAGCUCAAAUUGAUGCCGUCGAAUUCAUAUUCCAGGCCAAGAGGAAUAGUAAUCCUGAGAACACAGUCGGGUUAUUAUCUUCGGCGGGGGACAAUCCAAUUGUUUUAUCUACUUUCACUUCAGAGUUUGGUAAGAUUUUGGCUGGAUUGCAUGAUACAUCCAUUGAAGGGUCCAUUCAUUUGGUCACAGCUAUCCAAGUAGCAGCCUUGACUUUGAAACAUCGUCAAAACAAAGUACAACAUCAAAGAAUCAUCGUCUUUGUAUGCAGUCCCAUCACAGAUAAGAAGGAAGAUUUGAUUAAGCUAGGUAAGAAAUUGAAGAAAAACAGUAUUGCCGUCGAUGUUAUUAAUUUCGGUGAACUAGAGGCAAAUACAGAAAUAUUAGAGGGGUUUAUUUCAACUGUUAAUAAUGCCCAAGAGGAUAGCAGCCAUUUAGUCACUAUACAACCAUCUACUUCUAGACUAUUGUAUGAACAAAUAGCCUCAUCGGCUGUCGUGUUGGAACAUGGUGCAUCUGAAUCUAUGGGUAUGAAUGAUGGAUUUGGUGGAAACGAAGGUGGAUUUAUGGAUUUUGGUGUGGAUCCAUCAAUGGAUCCCGAACUAGCUAUGGCUCUACGUUUAUCCAUGGAAGAGGAACAACAAAGACAAGAAAGGUUGAGACAACAGGAACAACAACCACAACAGGAAACUGGAGAACCGGAGAAUCCUCCAAGUGAGAACGCAAACAAUGAAAACCAUUGA